UAAAAAUGACAGUGAUGUAAUGUGUUGUUCCAAAACACAUAUAAGAUUUCUUUUCAAAACGCAUAAUGAUCGUUCCUUUGAAUAUAUAUAUCGCACAAACAACCGAACAAUUUAUUGUUUCUCUUUUAUAAAUAAGUAUAAGCUUUUCCCUUGAGAACUUUUAACCUAUUGCUAAUCUGAAAAUGAAGAUCUUUGAUGUGAGUUUCAUCAGAGAGUUCAUAGUGAAAGCUUCCGGUGAUCAACCAGAGAAAGUUAAUAGCCUUGCUCUCUCAAAUCUUGACCUUCUCUCCGGCCGUUUUCCGGUGACUUACUUUUACUUCUACCCCAAGAAACAGAAUUUAUCCUUUGAAACGAUCGUCAAAUCCCUCAAAGCCUCUCUCUCGGAGACUCUUAACUACUUCUAUCCUUUUGCGGGUCAGAUUGUUACCAACGAAACCUCUCAGGAGGAGCCUAUAAUCAUCUGCAACGACAAUGGAGCUUUGCUUGUCGAAGCCAGGGCCAGUGUCGAUCUCAAAAGUUUGGAUUUUUACAAUCUUGACGCGUUUCUCCAGUCAAAGCUGGUUCGGGUUAACCAGGAUUUCCCUUUACAGAUUCAAGCCACAGAGUUUGAAUGCGGAGGCCUCGCAAUAACAUUCACCUUCGAUCAUGCUUUAGGGGACGCAAGCUCCUUCGGGAAUUUCCUCACUUCGUGGUCAGAGAUAUCGAGAAAUCAGCCUGUUUCUUGUGUACCAGAUCACAGGAGAAAUCUCCUCCGGGCACGGUCUCCUCCACGUUAUGACCCUCACUUGGACAAAACAUUCAUAAAAUGCAGCGAGGACGACAUUAAGAACAUACCAACGCCUAAAACUCUCAUCAAGCGUCUCUAUCACAUCAAUGCUUCGAGCCUAUACACGUUGCAAGCUCUAGCUACUGUAAACGGAGAGAGCAGGACAAAAAUUGAAGCUUUCUCCGCUUAUGUGUGGAAGAAAAUGGUGGAUUCUAUAGAGAGUAGUCAUAAGACCUGCAAGAUGGGAUGGCUUGUGGACGGUAGAGGAAGACUCGAGACCGUUACCUCCAACUAUAUAGGAAACGUCUUGUCUGUAGCUGUCGGAGAAGCCACUAUCGAAAAUCUGAGGCAAAACCAUGUAUCAGAGAUAGCAAACAUAGUGCAUAAAUCGAUAACACAAGUAACAAACGAUAUUCAUUUCACAGAUUUGAUAGAUUGGAUAGAGAGUCACCGACCUGGACUGAUGUUGGCUCGGGUGGUUCUCGGACAAGAAGGGCCAGCUUUGGUCUUGUCUUCAGGACGACGGUUCCCUGUGGCUGAAUUGGAUUUUGGAUUUGGUGCUCCUUUCCUAGGGACUGUAUGUUCAACGAUUGAGAAAAUAGGAGUUGGUUACCUGAACCAGCGACCUAGCGCCUGCAAUGAUGGCUCGUGGUCAGUUUCUGCUAUCGUGUGGCCUGAACUCGCUGAAGCUUUAGAGUCUGACUCAGUUUUUCAGCCAAUGUCUGCGAAACAUCUUCAACUCCAGACCUGA